AUGGUCAACAACAAACAGAUCUGCUAUACAUGCCAGUACCUCAUUGACCAGUUGAAGGAAGAAAGAGAAAUUAGGAUAAGGGAGGUUAAUCUUUUCCCUCUGCAUCAAAGAUGUUGUCUGGUGAAUAUUCUUGAAACUCACCAGACUUUCUGUAAGAAGUGGGGCAAGCACCAACCCCACAAAGUGACACAGUACAUGAAGGGCAAGGAUUCUCUGUAUGCCCUGGGAAAGUGGCAUUAUGACAGGAAGCAAAGUGGCUAUAGUGAGCAGACUAAGCUGAUUUUCUGGAAAAAGUCUAAAACUACAAAGAAGAUUGUGCUAAGGUUUGAGUGCGUUGGGCCCAACUGCAGAUCUAAGAGAAUGCUGACUAUUAAGAGAUGCAAGCAUUUUGAAUUGGUAGGGGACAAGAGGAGAAAGGGCCAAGUGAUCCAGUUCUAAUGUCAUAUUUUGUAUAAUUAUGAAGAGAAUAAAAUCUUGAGAUUAUGUUCACUUCAAAAAAAAAA